AUAAUGUCGAAGAAAAACUCCAUCAUAUACAAACAAAACAUCGUGAUAAAGACAAACACCGCAGAUAUACACACACUGGAAGUCGCGUUCAGGUUCUGCGCAUGCGUCAACACCAUACCACCGCCAUCUUGGUCCGGGGUUCUUCUGUCUCUGACGUCAGAACCAGCCAACAUGCCGGACUUUUGCGCUGCGCACGGUUGUAGUAACGAGCGAACUAAGAAAACGAAGGAUCAAGGUGUAACAUUUCAUAGGUUCCCCAAAGACAAGAAGCUGCGCAGGCAGUGGGAGGUGGCCCUGCGGAGGAGGGGCUUCAGCGCCAGCAGGUCUUCGGUUCUGUGCAGUGACCACUUCAGACCGGAGGACUUCGACAGAACCGGUCAGACGGUCCGGCUCAGAGACCGGGUCCGGCCCACGGUCUUCAGCUUCAGCACACACCUGCACCGGCUGCUGAAAAACAGAACGACUGAAACCUCCAGGAGAGCAGCAGAACCCCCUGGUCCAGACCGCCUCAGACCCACAGAACCCACAGAACCCACACAGAACCAUGACCACUCGUACGCCCUGCCCUCGUCCCCGUCCGACCUGAAGCUCAGACUGACCGAAGCUCUGGCCCGAGUGGAGAGUUUGGAGAAAGAGGUGCGGAACGUCAAGGACAGAGAACGGAGGGCAAAGAAGGUGGUCCACGAGCUGCUGGAGGACCUGAAGAACAUACAGCCAGCACCGGCAGACGGCGGAAAGACGCCGAGCCCGUUUACAUGACCAGAAAAAUACCAUAACUGUAAAUAAUCAGAUAAUUGUAAUAAUCAGGUGUGAUGCGUUUGCAUACACUUCAGAAAUAAGAUAAUCCAUAAACCCUGGUUUAGACAUUUUAGUCUGGGGGGGGGUGGUUGUCAAACAUGAGGCCCUUGGGCCAAAACCAGUUCACCAACGACUCCAAUCCCACCCACAGGAUGAAUCUGCAAAGUGUAAAAAUGACACUGAACACAUUAACAGUCGAUGGUGUUGAACUGGUUUGAGUUCAGGUUCCACAUUCAGACCCAUAUGAUCUAAAGUCAGGUAAGAACAGAAUAAA